GUGAAGCUUUCCUCUGUGAACCUGGGUUCUUCCAAUACAGACCGGAACACCACCCAGAUCGGUGAACUCCGGCUCUACUGUUAGUAGUGCUCUCUAAUCGCUACAUCCCCGCGCUCUGAAUCACGGCCAAGACGAUAUCGCUCCUUAAUUCCCUCCUUCCUCUCCCGCCCCGCGGUCUCACCCGGCGUAGGGCACAGCGGGACGGCGCAGCCCCGGCGGUACAGUUGCUAUAGCAGCGGCGCAGCGCAGCCUCGGGAACAACUUUGGCCGCGGUGCGGGAGCCGCUCGGGUGGGGAGCGGAGCUGCGUCGCCCCUCUCGCAGCUCCGGGCUGGGCGGUGCGGAGCCAUCUUGCCGAGAGGCGAAGGGUCCCGCGCUGGGUCCCGCUCCGGUCCCUCCACUCUGCUCUCGGCGGCCGCCGCUUUCUGAGUUGUAUUUCAUUUCUCCUCUCUUCCUGUGAGGCAUCUCCCGGCAGCAUGCCGAUAGCCCACCUGCUGGAGCUAUGGAAAGGGAUCGAAGUGGAGCCCAUGGAGACGGAGCCUGUGGUGGAAGAAGCUACCCUGGAUGAAGAACCUGUAAAAGAGGAAGAAGGUAUUGUGAAGGAAAUAGACAUCAGUCACCAUGUGAAGGAAGGUUUUGAAAAAGCAGAUCCUUCUCAAUUUGAGCUGCUGAAAGUAUUAGGACAAGGUUCAUAUGGAAAGGUAUUUCUAGUGAGGAAGAUCAAAGGAUCUGAUGCAGGCCAGCUGUAUGCCAUGAAGGUACUUAAGAAAGCAACUCUGAAAGUUCGGGAUCGGGUACGGUCAAAAAUGGAGAGAGAUAUUUUGGCAGAAGUGAAUCAUCCUUUCAUAGUCAAGCUUCAUUAUGCAUUUCAAACAGAGGGGAAGUUGUAUCUAAUACUAGAUUUUCUGCGGGGAGGGGACCUUUUCACAAGACUCUCCAAAGAGGUGAUGUUUACAGAAGAGGAUGUCAAGUUCUACUUAGCUGAGCUGGCCUUGGCUUUAGACCACCUCCAUGGGCUUGGAAUUAUUUACAGGGAUCUAAAACCAGAAAACAUUCUUCUUGAUGAAGAGGGCCACAUUAAGAUAACAGAUUUUGGUCUGAGUAAAGAAGCCAUCGAUCAUGACAAGAGAGCGUAUUCGUUCUGUGGGACAAUAGAGUAUAUGGCCCCAGAGGUGGUCAACCGCAGAGGACACACUCAGAGCGCUGACUGGUGGUCUUUUGGUGUGCUCAUGUUUGAGAUGCUGACAGGGUCAUUACCGUUCCAGGGAAAAGACAGAAAGGAGACAAUGGCUCUUAUACUCAAAGCCAAGCUGGGAAUGCCACAGUUCUUGAGCAUAGAAGCCCAGAGCCUGCUGCGAGCCCUCUUCAAAAGAAACCCAGCUAACAGAUUAGGUGCUGGAUUCGAUGGAGUGGAAGAAAUUAAACGUCACCCUUUCUUUAUUACUAUAGACUGGAACAAACUGUACAGAAAAGAAAUCAAGCCGCCUUUCAAGCCUGCAGUGGGACGGCCAGAAGAUACUUUCCACUUUGAUCCGGAGUUCACAUCUCGGACCCCCACAGAUUCCCCAGGUGUUCCUCCAAGUGCCAAUGCUCAUCAUCUUUUCAGAGGGUUUAGCUUUGUUGCCUCUAACUUGGUGCAGGAGCCUGCACAGCAGGAUGUGCACAAAAUCACCGUUCAUCCAAUUGUGCAGCAAUUACAUGGAAACAAUAUUCACUUUACAGAUGGAUAUGAGAUCAAGGAGGACAUAGGAAUUGGCUCCUAUUCAGUGUGCAAGAGGUGUGUUCAUAAAGCAACAGAAACCGAGUUUGCGGUGAAGAUAAUUGACAAGAGCAAGAGAGACCCCUCUGAAGAAAUAGAGAUUCUCUUGCGAUACGGACAGCAUCCAAACAUCAUUACUCUUAAAGAUGUCUAUGAUGAUGGGAAAUAUGUGUACCUGGUGAUGGAGUUGAUGCGGGGAGGAGAGCUCCUGGACCGCAUUCUUCAGCAGAAGUGUUUUUCAGAGCGAGAGGCCAGCGCUGUGCUGUGCACUAUCACCAGGACUGUGGACUACCUGCACUCACAGGGGGUGGUUCACAGAGAUCUGAAGCCAAGUAAUAUCCUCUACAUGGAUGAGUCAGGAAACCCAGACUCCAUCAGGAUCUGUGACUUUGGCUUUGCCAAGCAACUGAGAGCAGAGAAUGGGCUGCUCAUGACUCCCUGCUACACCGCCAACUUUGUCGCCCCUGAGGUCCUUAAGCGCCAAGGUUACGAUGCAGCCUGUGACAUCUGGAGCUUGGGGAUCCUGUUGUACACCAUGCUGGCAGGGUUCACUCCUUUUGCAAAUGGGCCAGAUGACACCCCAGAGGAGAUUCUGGCCAGGAUUGGCAGUGGCAAAUACGCACUUACUGGAGGAAACUGGGAUUCAGUAUCAGAUACUGCAAAGGAUAUCGUGUCUAAGAUGCUUCACGUAGACCCUCAUCAGCGUCUCACAGCAGUUCAAGUGUUGAGACAUCCAUGGAUAGUGAACAGGGAAUAUCUGUCUCAAAAUCAACUUAGCAGACAGGAUGUUCACCUGGUGAAGGGUGCAAUGGCAGCCACUUACUUUGCUUUAAACCGAACACCUCAGGCACCAAGGCUGGAGCCUGUAUUGUCCUCCAAUCUGGCUCAGCGGAGGGGCAUGAAAAGACUUACCUCAACCAGAUUGUAGCAGUAGCCCCACAAGGUCUCCUUGGAAACCCACAGUUUACUAUUUGAGAGAUUCAUCUUUAGUUGGUUAGUAUAACUUUUCUGGACCCCUUGCACAUGAAAUCACCGGAACUAGCAGAAGUCCAGCAUAAGGCAAAAUCUACCUUUCCUCCAUCGUUUCUUUUACAUUCCAGCCAGAAUCCUGAGUUUAACAACUUCACAAAGAUGUGCCAAUUUUGCUAGUAGCUCUGUUUCCUUACUGAGGUAAAGCCAAAUAAAGUAGACACGCUCCAUCCAUCCCUCCCUAGAAGAGUCUUUAAGAUGUUCUGCAGGAACAUAGUUUUCACUGUUUUUUUCUCAAGAAAAGCACUUUUUGUAAAGAAGAUGCAGUCAGAUUUGAAUGUUCUCAGCAGUUCCCACAAGCAUCACAAUGAAGUGCACGGCUGGUCGCCUACUGGUCUCCACUCACCCCAGGAGGACUGAAGGCUGCAGAGACACAUGGAUAAUACCUUACUGGAAAUUAAUGCUAUACAGCAUGAAGGAGAGCAAGCUGUCUGUGGUGGAAACACCUUCUGAUUUCAAGAAAUCUUUUGCACUUUGCCCCUGCCCUGUCUGGAACAAUGUCAGCAGCGCUCGAGGAGAAGUGCACGCUGUGAGCUUGACUUUGACAGAGGUCUGGUCCUCUGAGAGCAGAAAGUCUCUGAGAAACAUAGUCCUCCAAGAGGGCUAUUGAGUCCCAUGGGUCUGUGGGAAAGCAUUUGUCUAAAGUAGUGGAGCCUAUGGAUGAGAGGUGACAAAGGUGUCUGGUCUCAGCUCAUAAAAAGGCCGUCUGCCUCUGGACGCAGGCAAGGUCACUGCCACCACUGGGGAGUGCCCGUUUCUGAGGGGCCCAGCCAACUCUGUCACAAGCUUUAACCAUAAUAAAUUAGGAGGAGAGACAGGAGGAUGCUGUGCUUUUAUAUUUAUAUAAAUAUAUAUACAUCUAUAUUUAUAUAUAUAUAAAAAAAAAAUAAAUCUGUACCUUACUGCCUGGAUUAUUCAAGUUCAGGGAAAUAAAACUUGGUUGAGAAGGUCUCAGCAAAGUGGACCUUUUUCCUCAUUCCCUGAGCUACCUUUUUUAUUGUUUUUCUUACCCAUUGUGGCAUAUGGUGAUCACGAGCUGCCCAGGAUUCUUCUUUAUAAUGCUUUUGUUUUGUUUUCUGAGUGAAUUUUGUCACCUGAGAUGCUUUGUGGGGAGAAGCUAAUGUGCUAUAUUGAGUUUUUGUCUAUUUUGAAGGGAGAAAAAAACAAAACAAAACGUUAACAUGGAGCUUUGUGUGCUAGAGGUGGCAAUUGCCUGGCUGGGUAGUGCUGCACUAUGGUGCCAUGUGAAAUUACCAGAUCAUGGCAUCAGUGUUCAGGGGGAAGAUUAGUUGCAUUUGCUAAAGCAAAUGCUUCCUAAAACUAUCUGUGUUCCACUGUUAACUGAACUUUGUUUGUUUGCAUUAGCCUAUUUUUAAAUUUAAAUUUAUUCUUAAUAAUUUAAACCAAUAUUUAAUGUCCAGGUUUAUGUGCUGUGCACACAGGAAUGCUGCAAAGCAGCUCCUCUUGAAGGCCUUCUCUUUUCUAGAAUAAACAAUGCUGUGAAACUUCA